AUGAUUUUUCAAGGAGAACAAAUUGAAUCAUUUAAAGAGAACAAAGGACAAGAUGAAUCAAAUGAAGAAGAAGAAGAAGAAGAAGAAGAAUUAGAUGAAGAAGCAGAAUUAGAAGAAGAAGCAAGAGACCAACCUGAUGGUGUUGGAGCUUUGGAGUGGCUGAGCUUGAGCUUGGGAAGGAACAAACAGCCUUUAAAUGAUUCACAAAGAUCUGCUGCUUCAACCAAGACUUUUUCAUGCAACUUCUGUAAAAGAAUAUUUUACAGUUCACAAGCAUUAGGAGGCCACCAGAAUGCCCACAAGAGGGAGAGAAGUGCAGCUAGAAGGCACCAAGCUCAUAAAAUGAUGACUUUGCUUGGUCUUCCAAUUCAUAAUUCUAUGGUUAGAUCACUUGGUGUUCAACCACAUUCACUUGUGCACAAACCAGGCAGGGAAGACACUGCAGUUGUAGCAAGAUUUAAUCAUGUUAAAAAUGGUUCGUGGGCAGCACCUUUCAUGUUGGGGGAUGCCACGGACUUUAUGUGGCCAGGAAGCUUCCGUUUCGCUCAACAUCAGAUUCUCCCAGAGCCACCACCACCACGAGAACCACCAAUGGAACCAUUCAAGCUCGACCUGAAUCUCCGACUUUAAUUCUGUCUGUUGUAAUAAUAUGGGAUUGUCUUCUUCAUUCCUAUUGCGUCCAAUAGCUCAUUCAUAUAUAUCAAGCACAUGACUAACUUAGGAGAAGAGCUAGAAUCCAAUGUGAAAUCAGGAAGAUGCAUCAUUAAUGUUAUAUCUCUUCUGCUUGAUGAAACACAAGAGGCCUGAUUUGUUUCAACCAUAAGAUGUAGUGUAUACAAAUUACAUCAAACUAAGUAAGUAGGCUGUAAGGGGGAAGAAAAAAAGAACAAUAAUAAUUAUAAACUUUAAGAUUCUUGCUUCA